AUGAAAGCUCAUCAGCCUGUGUUCUUGCUCUUCUGUACACUUUUUAUCCUUGUAGUCCUUGCUAUCACUGUCCCUGGUAAACUCACACCUGAGGAUGCUGAGAAUCUUGAAUGGAUAGAUCUGAUGCAGUCUGCCCCUCAACAACCAAUUCAUGCGCAAUAUGAAUUCAAAGACCUAGAACAACCUUCACAUCAAUAUGGUUCACCUCAGACAGGCUUACUUCAAGCUCACCUUGAAUCCAUUGAGAACUAUCUUAUGCAAGACAACAAUUGGGAUACAUCUCCACUAAAUUUGGAAACUGAUGCUGAGGAUGGCAAGGCAAUUCACAAUUCAAAUCAAAAGAUCUGGCAAGAUGCGAAAGGAGAAUCCUCACAAAACUUACAAAAUAUCAUCACAGCAUCAGAACCCACUAAAACUCUUGGAAUUACAAUCAGAGGAUUUUACCUGUACUGA